ACAUCACGUUGACGUCAUAUUCUCUCUCAUUCUGUUCAGUUCAGUUCAGUCGUUCGGGGUUUAGUCAUCAACACAAGUUACUAAGUGAGUAGUGUUUUGUUGUUGUUAGAUAACUGUCUUUUCAAAUUUUAUUGCUAUUAACAUCUCAGAAAGUUUUUAUAUUUUUAAAUAUCAGGAUUAAUUAUCCUAAAGAGCGUGUUUGUUGUCGGGAUUUGUAUAAAAUGUAUAAUUUGGAUUUAUAACAAGUCACUGCAUAGUUUCUGUUUUGUAUUACAACAAAUAGCCUAAUACAUCAACUAGAAUUUACUUGUAACCAUGUCAGAGUAUGAUGAGAUCGUGAAAGGUCCAUUGAAGUUAAAAUCUGGUGGUGUACAGAAAAGUAAAAAGAAAAAUAAGCACAACAAAAAACUGUUAGAGCAAGUGUCUAAUGAUGCGGAAUCAGCCAAGGAAGACAAAGUUGAAGUUACAGCAACCAAAGCAGAAAUAGCUUUUCAAAAAAUGCAAGAAAAGAUGCAAAAGGAAAGAAUUUUACAGAAAGCCUCUAUGACUCACAAACAAAGAGUGGAAGAAUUCAACAGACAUCUGGAUAGCCUCACUGAACACUUUGAUAUUCCUAAAGUCAGCUGGACAAAAUAAAAGUUUAUUUUUAUAUUUUGGACUUUUUUAAUCAGCCAAAAAUUAUUAAGAAAUUUUGUGAUUAUGUAUUCUAAUAGACUAUAAACUUUAUUGUGACUCUGUAUGGGAUGACAACAGUGUUUACUCAGGUAUAGUGUGGGCUGGAAUAUAGUAAGAUGCCACCACCACAAUCAUAUAUUAGGAUAAAACAUACGUGGCUCAAAAUGGAAUUAAGAGAGCC